GUGAAGGCAUGCUAGGUAUGCUAUGUGGUUUCGCUGCCAGGUGCGCAUCUCUGGGGGUGAUGUGUCAAAGCCUUUUCAUUGAAGUUGAAUUGCCAGGAUUGAAACGAGACCUUUUGGUACAUGACAAGAAGGGCAUCUAAAAAGGUUUCAGAUGGAAGCUGUCAAGAAGCCUAAAGGAAAGUCCAAGGCGAAGCCUCGCGCUCGGCAUCCGCCGGAGUCCCUGGAGGCAGCGGCGGAUGUGACGGCGUCGCUGGCGGCUGUGCGCCUCCCGCCGGCCCACAGCCAUGCCGCCCCGGAGGUGGCCUUGGACGCCGCGCAGGUCGCGAUGGAGUCCUGCCCGGCACCGAGCUCGGCGUCCGCGCAUCGACCGGCCCACGAGCCCGCCGCCGCCGCCGCCGCCGCCAACGACGACGACCGACGCCGCCGCUCAUGGCGGCCAGCCCGCGCGGACCCACUUACCGGAGCGUGCCACGGACGCUGCCGAGAGUGCCGACCGUGCUGCAGAGCAUGGCACAGGUGCUGCCGCACAAGCUGCCGACCACUGGACGGUUCCCACCGCGCGCGCCGACCGGUCUGAGUGUUCGGCGGACGCCGCCGUGUCCGCCGACCGCACUUCCGAAGCCUCGACCGACGCGAGCGUGGCAGGCUCGCCGUUCACGGCGCUGGCGAUGCCGGAGAUGACCGCUCACCACGUGCUGUACCCGGACCUGGCAGCCUGCGAGUUCGACGCCGAGCUAGCGGCGGACGGCGCCGAGCCGUCGGCGCCGGUGGCCGAGUCGCCGGCCACGCCGCUCUCGCUCAGCUCCAGCCAGGUGUCGAUCUCGGAGGGUCCCUUCUUCUUCGAGACGGAGAAGAAGGCGUCCAUGCUGUGCCUGGGCCAGGAGGUGACGCCGCUGACGGACGCGGAGCUCGCCGAGUUCUACCGCAACGAGGAGCUGGCCAGCCGUGAGCAGUAUGCCGAGCUGUUCGUCCGCGAGUACGGGCCCGACCGCGCCGACGAGUUCGACGCGCUGGUGGAGGGCUACCGGCGCGCCGGCGCCGCGCUGCGUGCCAGCGCGCGCGAACACGAACAGCUGCACGAGCAGUACGAGGGUGGCCGCUCGCGCUGCUGGGACCUGGCGCGCAGCAGCGUGCGCGGUGAGGCCGAGUGUGACGACGGACGCAGUCUGAGCGCCUCGCACGAGUUCCGGCGCGCCGUGCUGGACAAGGCAGCGCUGGAGGACCUGCGGCGUGCGCUGGCAGCGCUGCGCUGCCUGCUGCACGACGCACACGCGCUGCACGCGUUUAGCCUGCUGCAGGCGCGCCUGCAGGUGGAGACGCACCUGCAUCGGCUGACGGCCGGCUUCCUGCGCACGACGCGCAGCUGGCUUCUGCGGCUGGCUGCGCUGCUGCUGCGCCUCGGCACCGUCAACGACCACCUGUUCGUGCUGCACCAGGUGCUGCGCUGCCCGAGCGGCUGGGCGCAGUGGGCGGCGCCGCUGCUGCAGCCGCCGCGGCCCGACGUGCCCGCCGGGCUCGACCACGCCAUCACGGCGCUGGCUGUCAUGCUGUCACCCGUCAGGGAGCGAGCGCAGUUCCUGGCGCUGAGCGGCCGGCUGGAGCGCGGGGAGGACGAGUGGGUGAUGCUGGAGGACGAGGAGGACGAGGCCGAGAAGACGGCCGGCUACCUCAAGCUGCAGGAGGCCGACCUCGUCGCCCUGUUCAACCAGCUGCCGUGGGCGGAUCUGAUGCGCCACAUGCUGCGGAUGGGCCGAGGCCCGGACGGUGCCGACGUGUACGACCCGGCCUUCUCCACCAGCCGCGACCUGCUGCACCUGUUCGCCUGCGCGUCGCAGAUCAUCGCCAUCCUGGCCGCGGGGCUGGCCGAGUAUUGCGGCACCACACACCGGCAGCUCAACAAGCGGCUGUGCCAUCAGGUGCUGCACCUGGUGCAUUACGUCACCGAUCACUGGGAGAGCUACAGCGUGACGUCAUCAGACGACAUGGCCACCAAGGGCCGCCUGCUGGUGGAGUACGACAGUUUCGUGUGCCGGUCGGCGGUGCGUCUGCUCGCGUCGCCCCGCCUGGCCGUGUGGCACUUCCUGGCCAGCUUCCCGUUCGGCCGGCUGACACCGCGCACCGCCUGGAAGCUGCUCUGGCUGUUCCACACGUCCGGCCGAGCGCAGGAGACGGACUCGCUGCCAGCCGUGCCCCAGGAUCAGGACGACGCCUGGGCGGCCGAGGUGUUCUCGCCGACGUUCCACUCGAUGUUCGAGCACCAGCUGGUGCACAUGAGCCAGUCGGAGGUUUACUUCCGGCUGACGGCGCUGGCCAACAUGGCCAUGGCGCGCGGGCACCGCGAGCGCACCUUCAUCAAGGCUGUCACCCGCGACCUGGUGCAGGUGUCGUUCGUGACGCUGACCACCCGCGAGCUGUGCUCCCGCUCGGGGCGAGAUCUGCUGGCAGCCGUCUGCAACCGACACCCCUUCGUCAUCUCCUACACACUGUCGCUGACGCAGGAGCACAUGCAGACCAUGGGCAAGAUCGCGCUGUACCUGUUCUCCGGCCUGCCGCUGCGGCUGUGGCGGCCGUCGGGCAGCGACAUGGCGCAAGUGUGCUCCUGGCUGGCCGAGCACGCGCUGGACUCGGUCGAGAGUCGGCUAGCGCAGCUGGUGCUGGCGCGGCUCGACUGGGGCGUGCGGCCCUACAGCCCGCAGCUGGCACUGCCAGCCGAGUUCCACCGCGCCGAGCGACGCUUCCAGGACUGGGCCUGGACACAGGUGGAGCUGCUGCGGCUGCACGUGGCGGCGCUGGAGGAGGCGUGCCGCCAGGACCAGCCGCUCGCCUCGUACGCCACCCUGCUGAUGACGGCCGAUGGCCACAGCGUGCCGCUGCUGCUGGAGCGCGGCCUGAGCCGGCUGACCGGCCUGGUCGCCAGCGGCCGGCCAGCCGCCGUCGCGCACCUGCUCGAGCUGGUCGUGCCGCUGUUCGUGGACAACGCGGACGCGCUUGCACACGCCGACGCGCUGCCGCUGCUGCUGCAGACGAUCGUGACGGCCGACCAGAGCUACCUGAAGAUGAUGAAGACGCUCGUGGUGGCCGGCCAGCCGGGGCCGCUACUGCUGCAGGUGGCCGGCGUUAUCGAGCGACACGUCACUGGACACAGAUGUUACGGCCUGCAGUGGCCGGUGCCGCUGGUGACGCUGUGGCUGCGCAGUCUGACCUCGGUGCCGGCCUGGAGCCGCCACACUGGCAUCCUGUACUUGAUCAACCAGCUGCUGCGCGCCUCGUUCUCAUGCCGGCCGGCGCGCGACCAGGCCGAGCUCAUCAUCCGCCAGCUGAUCAGUUCGGCCGGCCUCUCCUCGCUGCUGGCCUGGGUGUCGGGCGGCACACUGCAGCCGCUGCUGCCGGCCAGCUCGCUGCCGCAGGCGCCCUGGCUCGCCUGGUUCUGCUUGCGUGCCGAGACGCGGCUCGAGGCCGAGUCCGGACUCUGGCACGACCUGAUCGCCACGCUCUGCGAAGACCGCCAGCUGCCGCUGGAGCAGGCCCUCAAGCGCGUGUGCAGCCAGCAGCGGCUGCCCCAGACGCCGGCCCAGAGUCUGGCGCUAUACCGCUGGGCGCAGCAGGCGCUCGACACGGACCUGGACUGUCCGCUGCUGCCGGCUUUCUGGCAGCACUUUUUCGCGCUCUACCUGGCGCGCGUAUACGACAUCGGCGGCCGCGACCAGGGCAGCGUGGGCGACCGCUUUCUGGAGGGCAUGGUGAACGUGCAGUACCAGAAGCGGCUGAAGCGGCGGCUGCAGGAGUCGGCCGAGCACCACCGGCGGUGCGCCGAGGAGGCCGAGACCCGCGGCGGCGAGGUGAUCGAUGGAGAGGUGGCCCAGCGCCGGCACAUCGCCCAGAUGUUCGGCACGUUCGCGCUGUGGCUGGAGGAGCCGCGCCUGCACCGGCCGGACCUGAACCUGGCCGACCUGCCGGCCGUCUACAACCCGACCAAGCUGCUGGACCUGCUGCAGCAGGUGCCGGACGGCGACGUGUGGGAGGAGUUCAUCAACUACCGAGCGGUGGCUCGGCAGAGCGAGGUGACCCUGCAGCAGCGGGCGGCCAGCCACCACAACCACCGGCACGGCCGCGGCUCGGCCGCCAGCACGCCGGUCCGUAGCGAAGACACGCCGGCCAACCGCAUCGUCAAGCGGCUGCACUCGUACGACGCGCGCGCGCCGCCGCCGGAGCCGGAGCCGUUCCUGCCGACGGUGCCCGGCCUGGCGGCCAGCCUGUUCAGCGCCCCGGAGGCUGCGCUGGCUGGUCUGCAGCCCGCCCUCGACGAGCUGACGCGGCACGCCCGGUGGUUCGUGGGCGUCACCGCCGAGCACUCUGCGCUGGACUGCCAGUACCUGGAGCUGCUGCCGGAGCUGUACACCAACGAGCUGACGCAGGUGGUGCAGCGGAUCAGCUGCGAGCCGGCCGGCCACCGCUGCUCCGGCCCGGCCACGGUGCUGCUCCAGUGCGAGACGGCCCGCCUGGACGGCGGCGUGUACCACCGCAUCGACGACAACCGGCAGCUGGCGGCGCGGCUGGAGCGGCUGGAGGCAUACAUACAGGCGCUGGUGAGGCGGUACCGGCAGGACGGUCUGUACCCGCCGCUGCUGCAGCGGAUCGGCGCCCGCCUCUUCCACCACAUCGUCUCCAACACCACGGAGGAGACCCGCCAGUGCCCGGCCGUCAGUCGGCUGCUCUCGGCCUGUCUCGACGUGCUGGGGCAGACGUUCGUGCAGCAGCACGCGGCCGAGUGUGGCCCGCUGUUGGAGGCGAUCCUGCGUCAGGGCGCGCUGCUGGACCAGCUGUCGCCGCACCUGACGCCGGCCGCCGCCGACGCCGACACCUUCGUCCGGCUUUACGAGACGCUUAGCUGCGUGUCGCGUGACAAGAGCGAGAUCGUGCUCCCGCUGCUCGAAAAGUUUGACCUGGAGACGUGGCUGGAGCGGCAGCGGCCGUCGCUGGCGCAGCGCUCGGCGCUGCUCAGCGUACUGGUGGGCGCGCUGAGCGCCUUCGGGCCGCACCCGGAGCGGCCCGAGUGGGCGCCGCUGCACGCGCUGUACCGGCGCCACCUGACGCAGCUGCACCGGCACCAGUUCCCCGAGCACUACGGCGAGGUGCUGCAGCGCCUGCUGGACGCCAGCCGCGACAACAGGCUCAGCGUCAUGUGCUGGUACGACUUCGUCAACGUGCUGGCGGCGGACGCGGCCGAGUUUACGGCCCAGAUGGACGACGAGCAGCGCCGGCUGGCGGUGGCGGCGGUGGCCGGCCGGCCCGGCCCGCUCCAGUCGACGGAGGCUCUCCACACGUGCAAGCUGCUGGCGUCGCGGUUCUUGCAGGAGCGCCUGGAGGGCGGCCUGUACGGCCUCUACCCGCGCUACAAGCUCUACACGGCGCCACUGUCCGUGCUGCUGGCCUUGGUCGCCAGCAGGGCUGUCAUCGGCGCCAUCCAGAACGACCGCGGCUCGCUCUCCGACCGGCUGCUGGCCGAGCUGUGGCUGAUGCUGCGCGACACAUUCGCGCCGUGGCUGUCGCCGCUCUCGCUGUCGGACCGACAAGUCUGGCAGCGGUGCGCCGCCUGGAUGCAGCAGCUGACCGCCGACAAGCAGCACCUGCCCGCCUGGGUGCCCGGUGACGGGCCGCACGCGCACAUGAUGCUCACCAUGUUUCUGCACUGCGUCAUGAUGCUCAACAACACGCUGCCCGCGGCGCGGCCGGCGCUGUCGCACCUCUGGGAGCACUACUGCACCGUGUACGCGCUGCCCUCGGUGCCGGAGCACGUGCGCGCGCUGGUGCAGGCCGAGCUGCUGACCUUGCCCUGGGACCGACUGUCGCCCCAGCUGCACGACGUCGAGCGCAUGGUGCAGCUGCUGGACGUGUACCUGCCCGAGGCGCACUCGUUCGCCGCCCAGGUGGUGGUGCAGCUCCCCUGGCGGGAGGUGGUCGAGGUGUACGAGCGCGAGAGCCCCACGGCCAGCGUGCGGCUCCACCUCUGCUUGUUCGCCAUCCUCGUCAAGGUGGCCUUCGAACCGAAGAUACGCCAGUCGGGCGCGCUGUUCCUGCUGCUGAGCCGGGCCGAGGCAUUCGGCUGGCACCUGCUGGACGCAGCCACCUACCAGCGCGUGCUCAGCUGGUACAUCAUGUCCUGCGACCCCGUCUCCGUGCUGGAGACGGAGGCGCGGGAGCCGGUGGACGUGGCCCUGAUCGGGUUCCUGCAGGUGGCGGCCGGCCACGUGUCGACGGCGGCGCGGCUGCAUCCGGAGGCGAGUCAGAAGCGCACCGCCUACGUGUCGGGCGUGGUGCGGCUGCUGGUCAACGCCGCCGCCACUCACAAGAGCCUGGUGACAGCGCAGCCGCACGGCUUCACCCGCACACUGCUCCGCCUGCUGCAGGAGACGGAGCUGAUCGUGGCCAAGAUGUCGCCGGACGAGGGGUUCCGGGAGGCCACCCUGCUGACGCGCGAGCUGCUGCAGUGCGCCAGCGCCCGGUCCCCGGCGCCGCUGCAGAACCUGUGCGCCAGUCGCCUCACCAAAUGGGUGGCGGAGGAGAGUUCCUCUGUCCUGCUCUGCCCCAUGCUGAGGACGUCCGGCACCACCAUCUAUGACAUGCAGCACCUCUCCAACUUCUGGGAGGCCCUAAUGUCUACCAUCUUAGCCAAAGAGUCGAGCGCGCACUGGCUGGACCUGGCUCAGCUGGCCGAGUUCCCGGCUGCGUCCGUGGAGCGCCUGCUGACGGCCAGCCAGGCGGCCGGCAACCUGCUGGUGCUGCACCUCUACCUGCUGCAGCGGCUGCAGGCCGAGGCUGAGCCCCGCCAGCUGGCCGCCUCCUGCGUCCACUGGCUGACUGAGCUGACGAUGCUGAGCGACUCGGCCGAGCCCAAGCUGUGCCUGCUGCUGCACCAGGCGCUGCUGCUGCUGGAGCGGUUGGCGGCCGCCGGCUUCACCCAGGACGUGUGCCGCCACGCGCGCGCCCUGGCCGCCGCCCUGCUCACCUGGGGCGAGGACCGCGACGGGAGCGGCAUGCUCGGCGCCAUCGGACUCGGCCGACGCUCGCCGUUCUCGACGCAGUUCCGGCUGCUGUGCCGGGUGAUGGCGGCCACGCUGCUGUCUCAGCUGUGGGCGGACGGCUCCCUCCGGCUGGAGCCGGUCCCGGAGGAGCCGACCGAGCGACUCUCCAGCGACAGCGCCGCCAGCAGCGACACCAAGUGGGGCCUGCCGCACGGCCUGCUGCCCGAGGCGUACCAGGCGUUCGAGCGGCUGACGGCCCUGCGCUCGCGCCGCGACUACGCGCCCCUGCUGCAGACGCUGGAGGAGGCCGUGGCCGACGUGCUCAGUCCGGCCUCCACGUUCGGCUCGUGCCGGCCGGCGCUGGUGGAGCUGGUGCGGCGCUCCUACCACGACCCGUGUCUGCAUCAGCUGCUGUGAUGCGGCGGCCCCUCUGGCGCCGGGUGUUGACA